AUGGGCCUCAGCCCUCUUCAGAAACCAUGGACGGGAGACGUUCCACCUGUCAUACUCGGCCACGAGUUCAGCGGCAUUGUCGAAGAUAUUGGGGCUACUGUUUCUCAUGUCAAGGUGGGAGACCGUGUGGUGAGUGACAAGGGGAAUCAGGUCAAGACACUCAUCGCCAUCAGCGCAUGA